AUGACCAACAUACCUACAAAAAGUACCGCCCUCUACGCCAAUAAAGAGGGCAAAGUCGUUAUUCACGACCUUCCUUUCCCAAACCCUCAAAAAGGAGAGAUUCUCAUCAAAGUAUUAUACUCAGGCGUUAAUCUGUCUGAUGUGCGAACCAUCGAAUUCUUUGGCCUUAGAAACUAUGCUCUCGGCGGUGAAUUUUGUGGCGAGGUUCUCGAGUCUUCAAGCCUCACCUCCACGCCCUUCAAAGCUGGCGAUAUCGUAGCUGGUAUAGUGGCUGCAGGCAAGUUUCGGGAUUCCCGCCAUGCUGCGCACCAGGAGUACAUCACAGUCGACCCCGACUGGGUUUUCAAGGUGCCUGAAAACUUGCCCCCUCAAGCUGCUGCUGGUCUUUCCAUUGUUGUGCAGACGGCCAGCAAUGCGCUCUUCAAUCAUCUUCGACUUCCACUUCCGCCAAGUGUUGCAGAAGGUACUAUUGAUAAGGGCGCUUCUUGUCCAGAGGGUACCCUGGUCAUUUGGGGCGGUGCAACGGGCGUUGGCAUGGCUGCCAUUCAGCUUGGACGGGCUAGCCGAGUAUCUUCGAUCGUGGCAAUCGCCUCAGCUAAGCGGCAUGACUUCCUGAAGUCCCUAGGUGCGACUUAUUGCUUCGAUUACCACGACCCAGGCGUUAUCGAAAAGGUUAAACAAGCCCUGCAAGGAACGAAAGGAGUAAUCUGGGGUCUCGAUGCACUUGGAAGUGUUGAGAACCCUGUAUCACAAGAAGUCCUCAAAAGCGCCAUCCCACCUCACGACGAAGUCCGCCUGGCCACAGUACUACUAGCCCCUCACGAGGGGUUUGAAGCUGUCUUGGGUAGUCGACAAUUUCAUGUUGAAUUUAGUCUACCGGAUGGCACCACACUGAGCUUCCCUAAGGACGAGGCCCUUGCCGACAGGCACUGGAGAGGUUUUCGCUGGGUUAUUGACAAUUACGGUGGUGGUUAUAAACCGACACCCGUUAGAGUCUUUGAAGGAUCGGGUAAAGACGCCAUUGGUGAGCUUCAUAAGAUGUGGCAUAUGAGUAAUUUUGGAAAGGUAGUGCUUAAGCACCCCUUGCAUCAAGAAUCAUAG